AGCGUCAUGAUUGUGGUUGCCCAAGGGGACAGCAGCAGUGGGGAGUCCAUUCCGAUGCUAUUAAGGAUUCCUCGGUUCUUUGAUCCUUGGGGUGGUUAUGACAUGAUUGGUUUUGGGGACAUCCUCUUCCCCGGUUUGCUCAUUUCCUUUGCUUCCAGAUAUGACAAGAUAAAAAAGAGGGUAGUAGUAAAUGGGUACUUCCUUUGGUUGACUAUCGGCUAUGGAAUAGGUAAGUCCACGCUUUACUAACUUAGAGUGAACGAU